ACAAAUAAAAUUCAUUAAACCAGCCUAAAUUAUUCGUAGCUUCGAAGAUAUCACUUCUAUUGAUUGUAAAUACAAAGAGAUCAGGGAAUAAUGGUAACCGCCUAUUACAUCUCGAAAUUAUCUAAGAAGUCCGAUAAUCUCGCCAUUGAUGAAUACUAUCAAUAUUUAUUAAAAAACUUCGUGUCCUUAAAAACAGCAGAUGAUGUUCAAAAUUGUUGCAGAGUGUGUUUAAAACCUAGCAGUGUCUCUAUAUAUGAUAACUAUAAUUCGUCAGAUAUAUUAGAGGUAUUGAAAAGUUGGAGUGGUAUUACUAUCGAAGAAAACGAUGACUAUCCUCAAAGCUUAUGCACGAAAUGUUACAUGUUUGUUAAAACAGCUAUUUUGUUCAAAAAGAAAGCGCAGCAAACUGAGGCAGCUUUAAAGCAAUACCAAUACUAUAAAGUUGAAGCUAAUUGCGAGAGUUCAGGUCCGAGCCAGAACUUUAAUGAUGAUAGUAAGCCUGAUGAUGAUGAUGAUGAUGAUGAAACAACAGAUCACCUGGAUGCUGAUGGAGACACCUGGCCAACUGAGGAGCCUGCUAUCAAUGUUCCAGUCAAACCAGAAAAGAAUGAGGAAAAAGUAAAACUAUCACCUAAAGUCACUUGCCGGAUAUGUGGAAAAAUUGUAAACAGAUCAUACUACAGAGAACAUCUCACAAUGCAUGACCCGAAUCCCCAUCAAUGGGUCUGUGAGGUCUGUGGGAAAUCCUUCCGCUUAAGAUGUGCCUACCACAACCAUAGCUUACGUCACAGGAAUGAUUUCCCUCACAAAUGCCCCAUUUGCCCUUACCGGGGCCGCUACAAGGAACUACUGAAAACUCAUAUGCGAACACACUCUGGAGACUACCGAUACAUGUGUACUGAAUGCCCGGCAAGAUUCCUUUUUAAAAGUAAUCUAAACACACACACGCUGAAACAUAAAGAGCCUCAGUUUAAAUGUGAUUCUUGUAAAAGAGCUUUCCACUCCAAGCUGUUUUUACAAAGGCAUUAUGAGGCAGAUCACUUGGGUAUACGGAACCAUGUGUGUAACAUUUGUGGAAAGGCUUUCGGUUACCGUAACGCUAUGAUGAAGCAUCAACGGCAUGUUCAUAAGAGAGAGAAGUCUAUGUUUGGGAGAAUGCCAUCUUAUUUAGCUGAAAAUAAACAGCAGCAACAUAAUGAUAAUCAAGCUAAUAUGUAAAAAAUAUCUUUUUAAAAUAGACUUGUUUGUAAUGUAAUACAAAAAUUAACUGUAUGUAAUUAUAAAUAAAUUAUUAUCUAUCUAGCAUAGUUAU